CUCAAGGCCGCCGAGCCCCCCCCCCCUCCGCCCCGCGGCUAGCGGUCCUGCCAUGGCGCGCCGCGCCGGCCCUCGGGGGCACCGCCGCGGUGCCGCCGCGGCCGUGGCGCUGGGCGCCAGCGCCUUGCUGCGGCGGGCGUUCGUUGGGGCACCCGCGCAGGCACCCCUGCGCGCGGCCCCCUGCGCGGCUGGCCGGUGCCCGACCGCCGCCGCCGCGCAGGCGACCGAGGCGCUGGCGGCGCCGGCGCUGGACUUCCAGGCACUGGGCCUGAGCCUCGAGAGGGACAUGAUCAGACCCGAGGAGCUCCAGGCGAUCCUGGCCGAGGCGCGGCGGCUCGGCUCGAAGUUCAACCGUGGGCAGGACUCCGUAGACAGGCAGCCAAGCUACGAGCUGCAGCUGGUGGACGACGGCCUGUGGAAGCCCGACGCCAUGGAGUUGCAGCAGAUCCUUGCCAGGCCGAUCGAGGAGCUCCUGGCGCGGGUCGCCAAGCUCAAAGGGGAGCAGGACCUGAUGGUGUACCAGUCCUGGAUUCGGCGCUACGCCCCUGGUGAGCGGCGCGACCACCCGCUGCAUUUUGAUCACCACGCAAAGGUCAGCGCGGUGUGUUCGCUGACCCCUCCCAAGGUGGACUCCGGCCUCUACGUGCAGCCUGGGGCGCAUGUGGACACCCGCCAGUUCUUGGACAUGCGCACCGCCGGCACAUUUGCCGUGCACGGCUGGGACCUUGCCCACGGCGUGGAAGUGAGAGGCGACGAGGAGCGCUUCUCGCUGAUACUGUUCCUGAAGCCCGCUGCAGACGUGGCCUCCGGCGGCACCAGCUGGUACAAGCCUCUGGCCGACGCUGGCAACGUACAGGCGUCAUACCGCUACGGCAUGGACUUGGAGGCGGCGCACGACGUCGCACAGGCCAAGGUGUACUACCGAAGGGCCGCGGACGGCGGCAGCUGGACCUCCAUGCACCGCCUCGGCAGCCUGCUGCUGCGCGAGGGGUGCCCCGAUGGCGCCAGGCCGCUGCUGGAGGACGCCGCGGCUGCGGGGUAUGCUGCGGCUCAGGUGGCGCUCGGGGACCUCGUCUCGGCGGCGCCGUGCCGCCACGGGGCAGCAGGGCCGCGGAGCUCUACGAGGCCGCGGCGCGGCAGCGCCACCCGGGCGGCCAGCACCGCGCGGCGCUGGUGCUGCUGCAGGCCGGGGACGACGCGGGCGGCGAGGAGCUGCUGGCGAGGGCCGCCGAGCCGCGGCUGGGCCGACGCGCAGGUCGCCCUGGCGCGCCGCGUGGCCGCGAGGGGGGCCGAGGGCAGGCAGGGCGCCUGGGCCUGGUGCGUUCACCGCCCACCAAGCCACCCCAGCCCACGGCCCCGAAGGCCUCCACGUGCCCUCCCUUUCCAGGGGGGGGGGGUCGGGGAACACUGGGGAAACUCCUCUGGAGCCCGUGCUGACCCCCAGCCCGGAAAUGGGGAUCUUCUGGUCAGGUCGGGGUGGUCUGGCAGGUAGUAAGGUACAGCAGGGCGGCCGAACAAGGCCACCCCGCGGCGUACAACCAGCUGGCGGUCAUGGCCGCCGAGGCCGGAGACAUGGCCGUGUCCCGCCAGAACCUGCAGGAGGCCGCGUGGCGCGGAAGCCGCCCGGCGAUGAACAAUUUGGCCCUCUACCUGGAGCGCGGCAUCGGUGGGGAGCAGGAUCUUGAUGCAGCCGCCCAGUGGAGGCACAAAGCGAGCCAGUCCUGAGUUGUGCCUGCUUCGCCCGAGACCGCUCUUUCAAUGCAAAGCGUGUUUGAUGCGGAAAACAGUUGAAGCAGGUUUAAUAGAGCAGCUCCCGAAGCAGGUCUCAGGCAUAGUUGUUGUAUCUACGAUUGCAUAUUGCAUUUCUCCUUUGCCCAUCCUCUGUUGGUCUC